CCCCACUUAAAUAACGUUAUGAUAUUAAAUCAGCACAUCAGUCUUAAUGAAGGUUAGCACUUCUGAAAAUCGUUAGCCGUUGUCGGUUUCGGUUACCACAAACAAAUAAAAAUUUCUCACAUGCUUGUGCGGAAGUACUAGCGAUCUAAACAAACGACAAGAUGGCAUCACACCCGGGUGGAGGCGACCAAGGAAGUAGUCAAGAUCAGAUACUGGAACUAGGAAUUGUUUUGUUGAAAGAUUUCAUCUACGAGCGGGUCCAGAGACAUGAAGGUACCAGUACAGCUGUGACCAGGGCACAGCUGGGAGCAAGAGAGCUGUGCGAUCCAAGCCACAAGAAACUUGCCCAGUGUUUGCAACAGAUUGGAGAUGAGCUGGAUGGCAACGUAGAGCUCCAAAGGAUGAUAAGUGACUCUGCACUCAGUCCCUCAAAAGACGUGUUUAUGAAAGUUGCCCGUGAGAUCUUUUCAGAUGGAAAGUUCAAUUGGGGCAGGGUGGUUGCACUGUUCUACUUUGCCUGUCGACUUGUCAUCAAAGCUCUUUUGACCCAAAUUCCUGAUAUCAUCAGAACAAUAAUUAGCUGGACUAUGGACUACCUCCAAGAACAUGUGAUCAACUGGAUCAGGGAGCAAGGUGGCUGGGACGGCAUUCGUUCCUACUUUGGCACACCAACCUGGCAGACAGUGGGAGUUUUCUUGGCUGGUGUUCUCACCACUGUCCUAGUCAUUCGCAAGAUGUGAGGGGUUGUGGAGAGCACACACAUGAAAGAUCUGAGGAACUAUGACUGGGGGAGGAAUGUGGACGGGAGCAAGAACAACUGGAAAUGAACAGGAAGAAGUAAUGGCAGAAUGAACAAGAUGAAUAGCUUGUAUUUUGGACAUGAAGAGCCUUUCUUCAUUUCUGCCUGCUUUUCACUUUCAAUGAUUAAGAGAUGGAUUGAGCGCAUUAACGCUGUACACAUACUCCUGAUGCCACUGAUUAAGUGAGAGGUGCAUGAUUACAUGCACCAAAUAAGAGGGGGUUGGAGAGUUUGGCAGACUUGAAUGGGCAAUGCAUUUUAAGUAAUUUAUUUUUUACUCGUUACAUAUGAGAAGUCACUGCAUUCUGCUUCCUGCCCUAAAAGGUAUAUGGACUGAAAACAUUUGAUGAACUUUAGAGUUUCCUUUCUGUAUCAUUUUCAUCAUGUUUUUAUGUUGGUCCAUUCAGAUUGCUUUUCUGAUCUUCCCAUUCUCUCCACCCAUCUCAUCAUGGUGUCUGCAUGCUAGAGAAUCAGUCUCCAUUUGUAUUUGUGAGUGUUUACUCGUGUAAGUCUGUAAUGAUCUGCUGGCAAUGAACGUGUUGAAGGGUGGUCACAUUCUGUCAAGUUAAAAAGAGAUAUUUUUGCAAAUAGUUAUUUGAAUUACAGUGAAGAUGAUAUAGAUAAAGAGAAAUUGCAUAUCUGACGUUCUGGUUCAAACAGUCCCAAGUCAUUUCUUUCUUGAAUGCACAGGUCAUCCUUGUUUCAGUGGAUAAUCAACAAGCCACAGCAGGGACUGUUGUACAAAGUUCUGUUUACAUUCAUCUUGAAUUAUUGCAUGGUUAAAAAGUACCAUGACCUCUCAGCAACCCAAUCAAAAUUCCUGCCCUGCGUAACAUUGAAUCAUACACUGCCUUGAUGCAUUUAAACCAGCAUUGACCUUAAUGUGGCUCCCACUUAAAAACAGAAUCCUACCUAUUAUCUUUAACUGUGUUGUGAACUGAACUACAUGUCAUGAUCUGACAUUUCCUGUGUUCUAUGGAAGGUGUUGCACUGCAGACGCAGAAAGCACUGGAUUGCUCACAGAUGCUUACCUCACUUCACACAUAUUGAAAGUACUGUAUUUUUAUGUGAGUAAUUCAGACUGCAAUCUUAUCUACAUAGUAAAUGGCUUUUUAUACAUUUUCCUGGUUUGUCAGUGCCUUGGUGUUUUUUGGUUUUUUUUUUACUAUGAAAUCACUUUGAUAUUCUCAAAUUUUCACCUUUUUCUAUCACAUUUGUAAAGCUUAAAUUAGUUUGCAGUCUCCCUGAAAAUCUUUUUUGCAGUGACCUUGUAUGUUGUAAUAUGAAAAAUAAAUCUUUAAACUCUUAAA